UCCAAGAGCAAGCUCGAAAAUGAUGGCCGGCGGAGCAGUACAGCAAAACGGGAUUUUCUCAAAUCCUCACCAUCACAAUCAACAACCACACAUGGAGUCCGAUCCCCCGGACUCGCGUAAAAGACCCCUGGAGACUCCCACGGAGGCCAGCAGCACCAAACGCACAAACACGGGAGAUCUCUCAAAUAAGAAAGCAUUACGACGUCCCCCUUUCAUGUCCGUCCUCCUCGGUGCAGAGGAAGGCGAGUACUUCCUGAAGGUUUUGAUUCCCAGCUAUGCGGCGGGGUCAAUCAUCGGGAAGGGAGGCCAGACCAUCGUCCAGCUGCAAAAAGAGACUGGAGCCACCAUCAAACUGUCCAAAUCCAAAGACUUCUACCCCGGCACGACAGAGCGGGUGUGUCUGAUCCAGGGGACGGUGGAGGCGCUGAACGGCGUCCAUGACUUCAUCGCCGAGAAGGUGAGGGAGAUGCCUCAGAGCACCCAGAAGACAGAGCCGGUCAGCAUCCUGCAGCCGCAGACCACCGUCAACCCAGACCGUGUCAAACAGGCCAAGCUGAUUGUCCCCAACAGCACGGCGGGGUUAAUCAUUGGUAAAGGUGGAGCGACAGUCAAGGCGGUGAUGGAACAGUCUGGGGCGUGGGUCCAGUUAUCCCAAAAGCCAGAGGGCAUCAACCUGCAGGAGCGCGUGGUCACCAUCAGCGGGGAGCCCGAGCAGAACCGUAAAGCUGUGGAGAUCAUCGUCCAGAAGAUCCAGGAGGACCCACAGAGCUCCUCCUGCCUCAAUAUCUCCUACUCCAACAUCACAGGGCCCGUCGCCAACUCCAACCCCACCGGCUCCCCAUACGCCAACUCGACCGAAGUCAUGCCGGCUGCGGCAGCCGCCGCGGCCGCCACGGCCUCAUCUCUGCUCGGCCAGGCCGGCCUGGCAGGGGUCGGGGCCUUCCCGACCACCAUGUCCAGCCUCUCAGGCAAUGACCUGCUGGCCAUCACCUCUGCCCUCAACACUCUGGCCAGCUACGGCUACAACACCAACUCCCUGGGCCUGGGGCUGAACCCCGCUGCAGCCUCAGGGGUGUUAGCCGCCGUAGCAGCUAAUGCUAAUCCAGCAGCUGCCGCCGCAGCUAAUUUAUUAGCAUCCUACGCCAGCGAUGCAUCCACCAGCGCAGCUCACCCAGCAGCCGGUCUUGGAGGGUUCUCCCUGGGAUCCCUGGCUGCCGCCACAGGGGCCACCAAUGGCUACUUAAGCGCUGCAUCACCACUGGUGGCAUCAUCUCUACUGGCCACGGAGAAGCUAGCAGAAGGAGCAAAGGAAGUGGUCGAGAUCGCUGUGCCAGAAAACCUGGUGGGAGCCAUCUUGGGGAAAGGAGGGAAGACGCUAGUGGAGUACCAGGAGCUGACCGGUGCCAGGAUCCAGAUCUCCAAGAAAGGCGAGUUCAUCCCCGGAACUCGGAAUAGGAAGGUGACCAUCACGGGUUCCCAGGCCGCCACACAGGCUGCACAGUACCUGAUCAGCCAGCGAAUCACCUACGAGCAGGGGGUACGCGCCACCAACCCACAGAAGGUGGGCUAA